GUUCUGAAAGCAAAAGAGGGUCCAACCCAGUGCUAGUAAGGUGUACCUAAUAAAGUGGCCCAUCAGUGUACAAGGUCAAUACCUAAAACCGCUAUUUUCCCUACUUGAUCAGCCAACAGCAAGGAUUAGUCUUGAUAAAAUAUAGAAAGUUGGAAAAUCAAUUCUUUUCAGACAUUAGUGUUUUAUUCCUGACUAGUACCCAUAAGAAUGUGACGGGGAGCACAUUCGAUUACCCUAAAGACGUCUUACCCAUUACCUUAUUUUACAUUGUGUCAAAUAGAAAAUAUGUCUUCUUGGAAGAAUUGUAUCUAAAUCCGCUGCCCUAUUUUUGUUCUCAACUGUCCCUUUGUUUUUUUCUAUCUCUUUUUAUAUCCCUGUGUUUGUUGUGUGAGGUCAUUCCCCAUGUCUUCCCUAAUCCUUUGUGGUGGUCAUCUUUCUGUCCCUGGGUUCAUUUCUAAUCCAUCCAUGGUCCUGUGCCGUAGCCGCUAACACCCUCCAUCUGUCCCUGUCCUCAUAUAAAAACAACCCAUUGUCCCGCAAUACAUAACUCUCCAUAAUUCACCGGGGCUCUCCUCUCAUCCUUUGGGUGCCCACGUCUCAUCUUUUUACAGAGUGAAUUAUCCUACCAUCAGCGGAAGCUUAAUCAUGUCUGAUGUAGAAGAGGAAUAUGAGGAACAAGCAGAGGAAGAGGAGGAGGAGACUACAGAGGAAGCUGGAACAGAACAGCAGGAUUAUACAGAAUAUCAGGAGGAGGCUCAGGAAGAAGAGGAGGAAAGACCGAGGCCCAAGCCCAUGGUUCCACAACUUGCCCCUCCAAAGAUUCCAGAGGGUGAGAGGGUAGAUUUUGAUGAUAUUCAUCGUAAAAGAAUGGAGAAGGACCUUCUGGAGUUACAAACUUUGAUUGAGGCCCACUUUGAGCAGAGGAAAAAGGAGGAGGAAGAACUGAUUGGUCUAAAGGAUAGAAUUGAGCGGCGGCGGUUUGAACGAGCAGAGCAGCAGCGUGUUAGAGCAGAGAAAGAAAGAGACAGACAGACAAGAAUUGCGGAGGAGCGCCAGAGGAAAGAGGAUGAGGAGGCUAAGAAGAGGGCAGAUGAUGAGGCCAAGAAGAAGAAGGUUUUAUCCAAUAUGGGGGCAAAUUUUGGUGGCUUCUUAGCCAAAGCAGAGCAGAAAAGAGGGAAACGUUUGACUGGUCGAGAGAUCAAGAGAAAGACUCUUUCAGAGAGGCGUGCUCCCCUUGGCAUCGAAAAUAUGCGUGAGGAUGCGUUGAGGCAGCGAGCUCAGGAAAUGUGGAACUGGAUUUAUGAGCUGGAGUCUGAGAAAUUUGACCUCUUGGAUCAAAUGAAGAAACAGAAGUAUGAGAUUGUUGUUUUGCUGAACAGGAUUUCUCACGCUCAAAAGUUCAAAAAAGGUCAUGGUAAAGGAAAAGUCGGAGGCCGCUGGAAAUAAGAAACUGGAAAAAUAAGGAAAGAAAACAUGAAUGCAUUUACUUAGUCUCUCAGAGAUGUGAAAUGGUCAGAAAUGCAUUUCAGAUCCAUUUCAGACCUAAUGUACUUGGAUUAAUAUCUUUGGCUUGUAUUAUUUUAAUUUGUUAGAUAUUUGAAUAAAGUCUUUGCAAAACAAAUAAAUGUAAAUGACAAACUGCA